AUGGUAACUGUACUGAUGAUGCUACUCAGGAUAUUACUGGUACUGCCACUAUUACUGCUAAUGAGGAUGGUACUAAGGGUCCUAAACUUACUAUUACUGGUAUUACUGAUGCUACUGAUCUUAAGGAUACUGAUGGUGAUCUUGAGUGUAAUGUUAAGGUGGAUACUGAGAAGAAAACUCUUACUAUUAAAUAUACUCCUACUCAGGGUGGUGAGGAGAAGUGUAUUGAAAUUACUAUUACUGGUACCAAUACUAAAAAAGCUGCUACUGGUGAUACUCAAACUGUUGCUUAUGGUAAUAUACUUACUGAAGGUUUUGAUACCAUUCUAUCUCAUUGAUAAGAUUGAAAUGGUACUCCUGAUCGCCACAUUCUUUCCACCAGUAAUUGUAGCUGCACUAAGAAGAUCAUUUGAUUUUGGUGAUCCUAAGUCACCAAUGUGUAAAUGGGAUGCUGAAGGAUUCUAUGGUGCUGGUUCUGGUUUACAUUGGCAUGCUUUUGAUCUCCUGAUGAUCAUAAAGAUAACUCUAGCAUAUCUUUGUAUUUACUCUUCAUCAUAG